CAUGGCAAUCUGGAUGCUUGGACUUCUAGGAGUUCUUCUCUUCACUUUGGGAACAAAUGCAACUCCCAAUCUGCCUGACUUCAAUGUGAACAAGCUGGCAGGAAAGUGGUACAUGUCAGGUACAGUCUCUGGUGCAGGGUGGAUAGAAGAUCCCACAUGGAUGAAGUGGAGCUCUGUGCUCAUUGUGACGCCUAUCGCCAAUGCAGAAAUGCAAAUGAAAAGCUCAGUGAAGUUUCCUCUCAGCAGUUCAAAAUUUGGCUGUCUCAUCGUAAUACAUACUCUGAAAAAAACCAAAACCCCAGAAACAUUUCUUCUCAACGGCUUGUACUACAAUCCUUCGACUGAUGUCACUUUUUUGGAUGUGAAGUACGAUGAGUAUGUUAUCAUUCAGAACAAAAGGACUACGAAGGAAAAUGUCACCUACAACCUUGUGCUCUACACCCGUACUCCUGUGGUCAGUAAGGAUGUUAACAAGAAGUUCACUCAGGUUGUUCGCAAGGAGAAGUUUGACCCUGACAAAACCGUCUUUCUCCCUUACCAGGGUACAACACAGGGUGAAUGCAACUGAGGGGCCGACUCUGAUGUCUGACCUUUGACCUUUCAAAUCAUCACUAUGGCUGCAUACAAAUAAAUUACACUCGACCUCCUGUUCAGGGUUUCAGCUUCUGUUUCCUACAGCGGGAGUUUAAACGUGUCAA